AUGUUGAUUAGCCAGCUGCUUUUGCCUGUCUACAUAUUUACCUUCAUGAUCGGGCUUCCUGCCAACAUUCUAGCGUUCUGCACCUUCUGCCGAAAGGUCCAUCGCAAACCCGCCCCUAUCGACAUCCUCCUCCUGAACCUCACAAUCUCCGACCUCAUCUUCCUCACCUUUUUGCCCUUCAAGAUGAAGGAGGCUGUUGAUGACAUGAUGUGGACGAUGGAAGUGUACCUGUGCCCCCUCACCAGCUUUAUGUUCUUCUCGACUAUUUACACCAGCACACUUUUCCUGACAGGAGUUAGCAUCGAACGCUACCUGGGCGUAGCUUUUCCAAUCCAGUACUCGGUUUACCGUCGGCCACGCUACGCCGUGAUCGCCAGCCUGUUCUUCUGGCUCGUUGGCUCUAUGAACCUUAGCAUCGUCUACAUCGUGCCGUCGUUGACUUCGAAGAACAGCACUGAGGGUCACAGUCCGAACUGGAGUAUGACGCAACCUACAGAACUCAGAUGCUACUACACCUUUACCCAGGAGCAACUCAAUAUUUUGCUACCAGUGCGCCUGGAGCUCUUCGUAGUGCUCUUCUGCGUACCUUUCCUUAUUUGCGGCUUCUGCUACAUCAAUUUCAUUCGCAUUCUCUCCCAGUUGCCUCACAUCAGUCGGCGCCGCAGGCUGAGGGCUAUCGGGCUGGCUCUCGGAACUCUAGUAGUGUUCGCUGUAUGUUUUGGACCCUAUAACGCCUCUCACGUCGUUGGGUUUGUCCGAGCAGAGAGCGAAGAAUGGCGAGACUUGGCUCUGAUCUUCAGUACUUUAAAUGCCUGCCUGGACCCCAUUAUCUUCUACUUCUCGUCUGCGGCAGUACGGAGCGCAAUCAGCGGCUUUGUGAAAGGAAUGAAGGAGAAAGGUCAUGUACUGAAAUGCAGCAGGGUUCAGUGUUGCCCCAUGCUGGUGUCUGAGAGUGAGAAAUAUACAGACAGACCUCUGCCUGAAAACCAGAGUCAUUCCUUAGGACAACUAGAAUUAGAAGUGGCUCUACAGAUAUGA